ACAGUCGCAAUUGCAUUGACACUGCGCGCGCGUCACAUUGCUUUCUGCUCUGGAUAAGAAACGCGUGCAAGCACAAUCAAUAAUUUGUUUUAGAAGUGUGUAUACUUUAAAAAUAUAUAAGCAUUAACAUUAUGUCGUAUAAUUGACAAAAUUUUAUAUUUAAAGUGUAUAUUUAAAGUCAAAGCCAAAUUUUUAAUAUGUGUUGGUGAAUUAAAAAUUAGUUAUAUUUCAUUUUUAUGAUGAAAAUAAACAAAUUAAUAUAUAAUAAAUAGAUUGUUUGGGUUAAAAAAAUUCUACUGUGUUUCAAAGUUAUUAAAAAAUAAUUAUCUUAGUCAUAUAUUUUCAGUUUUUAUUGUACAUUUUUUAUUAUUUGUGUAGUUUUUAUGUCUUAGUUUAAUUGUAUGUAUAUGAAAAAGUCAAAAAUAUAUAAUGAACAAAUUUCUGACUGUUGCACAUAGAUGAUAAAAAUACUUCUAGACGAUAUUGGCUUAAAACUUAGUGACCUCGACUGUUAUAAAUUUCUUGUAUAAAAUUAUUCUAAUGAAACAUAAUAUUAAAUUGACAAAAGUUCAACGUUAAUAAUUGAUAAAUAUCAUAUUGUAAAUAUUUAAUUUUCAGACUAAAAAUUAUUUUUUUUAAAAGUCAAUUUAUCAAGUAAUUUUUUUAUUCCAAAAUAUUUAUUUACGCAAGCUCUGCUUAGUGUUAAUGACCUUUUUUAUUUCAAUAAUACAAAUGGGCUUCAGUACAAGUUAAAAGAAAAUUGUUUUUUUGCUAAUUGUUUAAAAAUUAAAAUAAACUUUAAUUAAUUGUAAUUAAUUUUCUGUCAUAUAUUUUAAUCAAAUUAAAUUUCUAAAAUUAACAAUAAAGUUGAAUUAUUUCAUGUAAAAUCUAGAUAAAAAUGUUUUGUUAAUAAAACAGAUGUUAUGCUUUUUGUUUUCUCACCUCAAUACCACUAAUUAUUUUUAUUUUUUUAAUAUUUUUAUUUUAAAUUACUUGGAUCAUAACGUGCAUUAAUCAUUUUAUGAAAAAGAAAACAAUAAAAAACAUGGAAAAAUUUGUUAAUUUUAAUUUAUUAUCGUUGACAAAGUUAAUUAUAGUAAUGACAUCGUGUUUUAUGUUUUACUGAGUAAUUUCAUAAUUUAAUUAUGUUUUAUUUAAUGAUUAACGUAGUAAUAGUUUGAUUUUAUUGUUGAAAAAUAUUAUCAAUUUUAAGUGUAGAUGAGUGAUUGGCAUAAAUAAUGUAAUAUAAUAAAACAAUUAUUAGUAUUAAAAGCCACUACAAAAUGGAUUGUAAAAUAUUUUAUUAAAGUAAAUAAAAUAUAUUGUUUAAUCAAGUUUUCAAUAUAUGAAUAUAUUAUUAUUAAAUUACGGUUUUAAAAAAAAAAUAUGUUAUAAAUUAUCAAUUAAAAUAUACAUAAAAAUACGAAAAGAAUUUACAAUGGUGGCCUGGUUACCAUCACAUGUUUUGCUGUUUCUCAUACUGGUUACUGGCAUUCAACCAAAAAAAUAUAAUCAAAAUAACAAAUCAAAAAAUGAAAGCAUUACGUUAAAGUAUUUAUAUUAUCAAAGUGGAAUGAACACCUUGACUGAUUAUCAUACUUUUGAAAGGGUUAUGAAAACAAAUAACAGAUCAUCUCAAAUAAACGCAAUAAACAACUACUAUACAACCAGCAAUAUCAAUAACAGCGAAGUGGAAAAUAACAUAAAAUUAAACGAAAAAAUUAACAAAAAUAAAUCAAAUAAUUAUAGUAUACCAUCAAGAGCCAAGUACAAUGUUAAAAUAUCACAAAACACACAAAUGAUAAAGCCUAAAAAUAAUACCUUAAUAGAUGAAAAUAAAAAUUAUUUAAAAAAAAAUAAAUUAUUAAGGUCAAAUAAAAGUGUCAUUUUAAAAAAUAGUGACACUGUUAAACAAGUAGAUUCUUUGAAAUUAAUUAAUGGGAUAAAUGAUAAUUUGGUAAUUAAAAAGUUGGAUUUUAAUAGUAAAAAAAAUAAUAGUACUUAUCAUAAUAAAAAUGUUCCAAUUGUUAUAGAUAAUAGCUUGAAGUUUAAUACAAGUGAGCUAUUCAAUAAUCAGCCAAUAAAAAAUGUUGUAUUUCUUCCAAAAAUUACCAAAUUAAAUAUUAAUAAAGUCAAUGUUUCUACUUUAAAUAAGAUAAAAGAAAAAAAUUAUAUUUACAAAAAUUCCAAUGGUUUAAAUAAACAUGAUAAAAUUAAAAUUAAUAAUAAUUUUUUAUCAACAAUUGAUAGUGAUGAUAAAAUGUAUAACAAUUAUACUGUGUUUAAUUUUUUAAAUACUGAUAUUGAUUUUUGGAAACGUAACAAGAGGGAAACACCAAAAAAUGCAUGUGAAAAAUUUGAAAACGAUGAUCCAUCGAAAAAUGAAUUUUACAGUCCAAAUUAUCCACAAAAUUAUCAGGCUUCGGUGGAUUGUGUUAGAGUACUAGAAGCUGAUGAAGGGAUGUUACUAAAACUCGACUUUCGAGAUAUUUUUGAAUUGGAAGCAGCAAAUAAUGAUAAAGAAACAGAAUGCCGAUUUGAUUAUCUCGAAGUGCGAGAUGGAAAAUAUGGUUUUUCAACAUUAAUUAAAAAAUAUUGUGGAACAAAUUUUCCACCAGAAAUAAUAUCAAAAUCGAGAUAUCUGUGGUUACAUUUUCACAGUGAUGAUACAAUUGAGUAUCAAGGCUUCAAAGCUAUAUGGACAAUGGUACCACGUCCUACAAAUCAGGGAGUGUCAACAGAUCAGGAUCAUUGUUAUAUCGCUGUUGAAUGCGAUUCACAAACGUUAAUCAGCAGUGAGGAUGCGCAAGAAGAGAAAAAAAAGGCUGAAAAAAAUAGCAUUGCAUUCGAUUGUCUUUGGGCAAUAACUGCAAAAGAUGGAUGGCGGAUGCAGUUAACUUUUGACUCAUUUAAAUUAGACAAACCAAAUGAUUGUGAUGCAAAUUUUUUAGAUGUUUUUGGUGAACGUACUGAUAUGCCAUCACGUAUCAAGAAUUUUUGUGGUAGUAUUGCUGAGCCAGUAGUUACAAAAACAAAUACAAUGUAUAUACGAUUUUAUUUAGAGCCAAAAGCAUUAAAUAGCAGCUUUGAAUCAUUUAUUACAGCUGUGAGAGACAAAGAAAGCAACGAUAAACCUUGUCGACCAGAUGAGUAUGAUUGUGAUGAUGCAACAUGUAUUGCAUCUCAUUUACAAUGCAAUGGCAAACAUAAUUGUCGUCUUCGAUGGGACGAGGAUGUGUCAAUUUGUGGGAAUACUAAAGGAUCUAUCGCUCUUGAUUCAACUAGAAUUGUUAUAAUUUUAGUUAUAUUUUCAAUGAUAAUGUUUGGAAUGAUAUUUGCAUUGGGUUUCAAUUGUAUCCGAAAAUUAAUAAGAGAUCAUCGUAUAAUAAGAGAACACAUACGUCAAUCACAAGAAAAUCGUCUUGAUGAAAUUGGACGUAGUGGUUUAUCACAAACAGAUAUCUGCCAACAAAGAUGUGAAUCACCAACUCAAGAAUGUUCACAUAAAGAUAUAAUACCUGAAAUGACACUUGUACCACAAGAUUAUAAAAAAGAACUUGUAUUAGAAAUGAAUUAUGAAAAUGAAGAAACAAAUGACAUACAUCAAUGUAAUAAUUUUAAAAAUGCAACACAAGAAAGACUACAAGAAACAAAUGAUGAACCUGACAUGUGUGAUAAUUCAUGUCAAACACGUGAAAGUUUAUUUUAUCCAUGUAAUAAUAACACUGAUGAUAUAUUACAAUAUGAUAAUGAUAAUAUUGAUUUAUCUAUAAAUAAUAGUAAUUCAUAUAAAAAUGAAAAUUAUUAUCAUUGUAAUAGUAUUUCAUCAACUAAAAAAAAUCAAGAAAAAUGUCCAAGAUGUCGUUUAACAUUGAUAAAACCAAGUGUUAGUAAUACAAAUUCACAUAUACCAGCACCAGCUGGUUGGUCAAUACAUAAUUCAUCUGAUUUAUCAGAUAAUUGUGAUAAUUAUUAUCAAAAUGAUAAUGAUAAAAAUUAUCAUAGACAUCAUACACAUGAUCUAAAAAUUGAUACACAUAAUAAAUAUGAUAAUAUAUGUAAAAAACAAAUAAUUGGAUCAGGUGAAAGAUAUGAAAGUUUUAUAUUUGAUUGUGAUAAAAAAAAAAGUGAUACAACAGUAUCAUCAAAUAGUCAUAAUUCUGAUAUUAGAAAAUAUCCAAUAACACAAAAUUCACAUCAUCGAGCAGAGGCUGUUAUUGAUAUUGAUUCAAAUCGACCAUUCAGCAUCGAAAGUACCAAAAGUGCACCAGAUGUUAUUGCAACUCAUUGAUUAUUAUAUAAAUAUAUAUCGAAAAAUAAAUAUUAAUAGAAAUACUAAAUCGAAAAUACAAACAAAUUUAUAUUAAAUAUUGGAUUACAAGUAUUAUUGUAAAUAUGAAAAUUAUUUAUUAGAUAACAUUUUUUUUUUUUAAAGAUUUUAAUGAAAGUUUAUCCAUGUUGUAAUUUUUUUUUAACACUAUGAGUACGUAUUAAAAAAAAACUUUAUACUCUAAUUUUUUUUUUUUAUAGAAAAACAUGUAAACAUACUGCCAAUGUUCCUUAAUGAUAACAAUAAUACAAAUAUAAUUGUGUAAUAUUAAAUUUUUUUUACACUAAAAUUAAUAAGAAGCUUGCACUGUUAACGCACAAAUUUUUAUGUCCAUGAUACAACCGAAAUUCAUGAAUAAUCAAAUUGAUAUUUGAGAUAUUAGUAAAAAUAAAAUAAAGUGAAUGAAAGAGCCAAAAUAAAAUCUUAAGACAAAUUUAGUUUUAAUAUAAUGACUACUAAGUUAUCUUCAUUACUUUCUUUCGUUAAAUUAAUUUAUAUAUUUGCAGAAAUUGAUUGACAGUUUACUUGAAAAUGAAAAAGAAAAUAAUAUCAUAUUUAUGAAAAAUGAAUAAUAAAUAAUUUAUAAUUGCUAAAAAUAUUUUGAACUUUGUAUUAUUAUUUGAAUCAUUGAUUUUUAUAUCUUGAGAGAUUUAAUUGUUGUUGGAUUUUGUGAUAAUUUUUUUUUUUACUUUGAUCAUUGUGUGGUGCACUUUAUGAUUUAUUUGACUAUCAAAGUUUGCCAGUUGAUGAAAGGUCAUAUAAAUUUUUCCAUAAAUAAAAUAAUAGAUGUAAUUUUUGCAUGAUUUGUACCUGAAUUUUAAUGACACUGGUAUAUUGGUGUGUUUAGAAAUUUGUGUAACAAAAUAAUACCUGAGAAAUUCAUACGACUUAGAUGAUUCACCUCAAAUAAAUCAUAAUUUAUAUUAAUUUAUUCAUUGUAUAUUUUUUUUUGUUAAAAGUAGUUUUUAUCCUUCAAAAAAAGAUAUAAAAAUCUUUCAAGUUUCAACAUAAAAGAAGUGUAAUUAUUUCCAUUUUGUAGAUUUCCAUAUUGAUUGUCACCAACGAGAGUUUAUCAGUUGACAGUUGAAAAUUUUGAUAAUUUCAAUCAAGUGUCAAAUUAAUAAUAGCCAUCUUCAUCUUUCUGCCAAAAAAAUUUAUAAUUAUUACUUGAUAAUAACUGAUGAAAUAGUAAAUAUUACCUGUGUACAACUGAUCCUUUAUUUUGUUGGAAUAUUUUCGAAAUAAACACCUGUAUUUGUGUAAAGUUAAAUCUCGAAAUCUCAAUGUUUUAUAAACGUUAAUAACUUUUAUAAUAAUUAUUUAAUUUUAUAGUCUCAAUAAUCACCAAUUAUUGAUGUAAUAACAAUUUAAAAAUCCAUAAACUUUGGUGUUUUUUUCUAAAAAAGUUGACAAUUAUUUCGAUUUGUUUUUUUUUUGUAAUUUUUAAUUUAUAUUGUAAAUGUCAUUCACUAAAUGAUAAACCAAGUAAAAUUUUAUCUGUUAAUUCAUUUUGGUUGUUAAAAAAAUGGUCAUUUUAUUGUUUAAAUAAUUAUAAUCCAUUAUUAUUUGUUUUCAGUUUGACAUAAAGUUUAGAUAGAAAAAAAAAAAUUACAAGUAGAUAGAAAAAGAUCAAUUUAUUCAUAAGAACAAUGUAUUAAUUUCGAAAUCAAACAUGAUCAAUUUUCAUUUUUAGUUAUUACACUUAAAAAUUGACAAAAGAAAAAAAAAAAAAUUAAUUAAAAUAUACUUAAAAUUAAACUGAGAUAAUAACGCUCAGUUAUAUUUUACAAUAGCAUUAUAAAUUGAAGGUACAUAUUUUCUGUAUCUAAUAAUAUGACAUAUGCUGAAUUGUAAAAUUUAAAAAACAAAUUGUUUAAUUUCGCUGAAUAUUAUUUAAAAAAAAAUACCAAUUGCACCCUUAGAAAAAAAUUUAAAAAAAGAAUAAUAAUCAAAAGUUAAUUAAUAAUUAUUAUCAUUAUUAUUCAUAAACAGUUUUGUCAAAAAAAGAAAUGUUUUUUUUUUUUUUUACGUUUUAUUUUACAUAAAUUUUUUAUUGUUGAAUUGAUGAAACUGUGCGCUCUGGCAUUACAAAUUUAUCUCUUUAUUUAUGAUAUAUAUUAAACUUUAAACCAUUUUUUUUUUUUAUAUAUAUAUUAUUAUCAUAAAUAAAUUUGGUCUAUUGGUAAUAAUGUAAAUACACCAGUUAAAUUCUUGCAGUAUAUUUGGCUAAAAUUAACCAUGAAUAUUUAUUUUCAACUGUGUUAUUUAUUGUAAAAGAAAAAUAAUAAUAAUUAAAUCUAUUUACAGUUUAUUUCCAUAAUAUUAUCAUGGUUAAAACUUUUUCCUUUUUUUUUUUAUAACUUCUAAUAAGUUUCAUCUAACAGGUUUUUUUUUUUACUUGUAAACAAGAAUAUUAGACUGAAUGAACAAUAUUUUUUAUUCUGUUAUGACAAUAAUUAUUAUUUUCAAAACACGAAGAUGAUGAUAGUUGCUAUUAUUUAUUUAAUAAACCAUUUUUUUUUUUUUUUUUUCUAUUACAAAUUUCUGGCUAUUUGUAAAUGUUGACUUUCUUAUUUAUUAAUUGCUUGAUUAAUAUGUGUUUUAAGAACACAUAUUAUUAUUUAUUAUUCAGGCUCAAAACUUUAAUAUUUUUUUAAAAUUAUCAUUAACAAUAAUUGCAAAUUAUACCUAUAUAAAAAAAAAAAUAAAAAAAGACCAAUUUUAGUUGUGAACCUGAAGAGUUGAUAAUUACUUGUGUUGGCUAAAUGUAUACAGUAAAAAAAAAAAAAUGUUAAAUACAUUCUACACUUUUUUAAACUGUCAAAUUUGACAUUUUUUAAAUGUCAAAAAUUAAAUGACAUUAUUUAUAGGUUAGAAUUGAAACUUAACAUUUUUUUUUAAACGUCAAAAACUAAAUUUGACAUUUCUCAAAUUAUUGACAUCUAAAAAGUGUCAAAUUUAAUAUCAAAAAAAAAAUGUAGAUUGAUUUUAACAUUUUUUUUUGUGUAUUUUUAUGUUUUCCACUUGAAUUUAAUUUAUACCUACUAUUUUUAUUUAUUUUUUAAAUAUUUGUAACAUUUUUUCAGUCUGAAAAUUUUUGUAAAUACUUGAGACAAAUUGUAUGAGGACAAAAAAAAAAAAAAAAAUUGAAUUGGUUAUUUAUUUGUAGUUUGUUUUGAAAUCUUGUGACUGUCAAAUGAUGAUUAUUAGAGAUAUAAUAUAUAUUACCAUUGCUAUAAAUUCCAGAAUAUUAGCCUUCUCUUUUAAUAGCACCCGGCGCUUCAGCAA